GCCGCAUGAUUAGAUCGUUGUACGAUGUAUCCGUAGGUGCUACGGAAUAAUUACUCUGUCCAACGUACAUACGUUGUACAACGUACAUUAGUAGGUGUCUGGUGGUUCAGUCUUUAGAUAUCUGCAGGGUCCAGCGAGACGCAUGCUCAGGCCCCUGCUUGCAUGUUCACCGUCCAAUGGGAAGCCACCCGGAGAAGACGUGCCACGCCCCGCCGGCCCUUGUGAGUUAUUAGUGGGGUCCGGCCCGGGGUAUGGCCCGGGUUUCGGGACGCGCCGAGGACGCCUAAUUUGUGCCGAGAUAUCUAAUUUGGAAAUACUACCCGAAUGCCGGCCCCAACCCAACCCAGACGGAACUUGCUUCUCACGCUACGUCGUGCCCGGCGAUGGCUGCUCCUCCUUGGGAGCGGCCCAUAGCCUAACCAAUGCCUAGAUUGAGAGCUUCAACACCGAAACAUGGGGUUGGGAGGGGUUUUCCAAUGUGCAAGCGUACCAGAACAUUUGCCUGAGUACCGGU